UAAUGAAGCAUGGGAAUUUCCUUCUAGUCUCACAAAGCCCAACAAGCCAUCUCAACCCUACUCUCCAUUUCGCCUCCACCCUCCUUUCCCUUGGUUCAAAAGUCACUCUUCUUCUCACCAACCAUGCCCUCAAAAACAUCUCAGAAGACCAACUUCCCUCUGGCUUGUCUCUCUCCACUUUCUCCGAUGGUUUUGACAAUGGUUUUACCUACUCCGACCUCCAGCUCUGGUUUGUCGAGUUUGAGCGCCUUGGUCGCGCUGCCCUUGUCAACCUCCUAUCAUCCUCCUCAAAACAAGGCCUUCUUCCCAUCACUUGUAUUGUCAAUACGCUACUCAUCCCUUGGGUCGCUCAGGUAGCACGUGAGUUUCAUGUGUCAACCGCAAUUUUAUGGACUCAAUCGGUUGCUGUUUUCGAUGUGUAUUACUAUUACUUCAAUGGCUAUAGUGGUGUUAUUCGAAAUGGGUAUAAAGAGGAUGACUCUAACUCAUUGUCAUUUAACAUUUCACUUCCGGGCUUGCCUUUGAUGAAUGUUUUGGACCUUCCGAGUUUUAUGGUUUCUGAUGAUCAUCAUGGACUUAUUAUCAAGUCGUUCGAGGAGAAGAUACAAAUUCUUAAGGAGGAGGAUAAUGUCCCAAUUCUUGUUAACUCUUUCGAUGCAUUGGAACAUGAUGCUUUAAGUGCGAUCGGGACGUUUAACUUGAUCCCAAUUGGACCCUCGGUUUUGCUUCCACUUGGAUGUGAAAAACAACGAAAUAUUUCAUAUUUUCAAGAUGGCCAACAGGCUCAAGAGGAUUAUAUCAAGUGGCUCAACUCCAAACCUGAUUCGUCAGUGGUCUACAUAGCAUUUGGGAGCUUUUCAAAGUUGUCAAAAGAACAAACAAAAGAGAUGGUUGGUGCAUUAUUAGAAUGCAGUUAUCCAUGGUGCUCACAGGUAGAGGUCCUGAGCCACCGUGCAGUGGGUUGCUUUGUAACACACUGCGGAUGGAACUCAACAAUCGAGUUUCUAUGAGCAUAUGAACCUAAUGGAUCACAAAUUUCCAGUAUUCCAAGUUUAUCAAAAGUUGAGACAUUUUCUGACCACUAAUUGUUUGAAGCCAUUGUUCCAAGUUUCUAUUAUUUAUGUACUCAUAAGUCACACACAAGCAUCAGAUCAUAUCACAUAGAAGAAGAAAGGGCAGAUCAACAAAGGAUCAAACGCAAGCAAGUGGCAAAUGAAGUUGACAUAAUUGAAUGGUGAAGUCUCACUUUUAGAAAUUAGGCUAGUUGCAGCAAAGAUAUUUGGACAUAAGCAGAGUAUUUAUGAAUGGUCAUGUGGUUGAUUUUCUUCGUUAACCAUAAUAUGUACUAGGUCUCGUUUGUGAUUUUAGGAUAUACAAGCACUUACCUCAUAAUAAUAGUAAAUAAAUCACAAAACAUAUUUACGAUA